AUGUGCAUGCAAAUUGUCAUUUCUUUUGAGUCUUCUUUCUGUCGUGUCCGUGAACUACGCGGCUUUGUCAGCACUCGCUGCGCCAGAGUCCGUUUCUGUUCGACCUCCGCGCGUCCGCUGGAGCGCAACUGGAUUCCCUCAAGGGCGAACUGGAAUUUCUCUCCUGCUUCCAAGAUGGCCGCGCGCUUCCCCCCCUUUCGUUCGCUCCACCCGCUUCUCCCUCCUUGCCGGUUCUCGCGCAAAAACUUGACGGACGCCAAGACGACACCGCGAACAGAAGAAGCCUCGUCGUCUUUACAUCUGCCAUCUGCGUCGUUCUCCUUACAGCUCAGCCUCCGUGCUGAAGCAGGCUUCGCAAGCCAGGUACACGAGGCCGAUCGGUCUCCUUUCCUCUCUUCUUCUCCGCGUCCUUUCUUCCGUCGACCAUACUCUGUCCUCUGUUCCUCUCUCGGUCCUGGAAUUCCGAGAGGAGUGCCAGACCUUCUUCGAGCUCCUAGUUUCAGAGAAGAACGGCGGGUCUUCUCUCAAACCUCCAGUUCGGGCGACCCCAACGUUCCUUCAAACAAAAGGGAAACUGCCAAGAAUCCGCCUGCAAGUGGACGCUUCAGACUCCUCCGAGCUGUCGAGAACCUCGUCAGCGCCCGCGCCAAGCGGGGGCCUGUCUCCUCGCCGGAGACACCUGGGGGACCACUAUCGCCUGUGUCUGCUUCGGCGGCGCCAGAGCGCGAAGGCGCAGGCGACACCCCACAGCAGAACGCGGAGGGAGAGAGGGAUCUCGAGGAGACAGAGGCCAAGAGCGAGUCGGAGAAAAUAACAGACGAAGGCUCGCACUGGCUCGCCAGACGGGCAAGGGGCUCGCGACUCGCGACUGGAAGGAGUCUUCUCGCUGGACAGCCGGACGGGUGCUCUGUGCAGGAUCGGCGAGAAGACGGCAGCGAGUCAAAACCUGUGACCGUGGUGUACGCCCAUGCCUCCUCGAUGGAGACCACGCGCCCCGCAUCCUCGGCGUCGCUGUCUCGCUUUCUCAGCAAUCUCCUCCCAAGACUGUUUCUGUUCCCCACUCCGCUUAGCUCCGCCCAGAGGACAGCUGAAAAACCUGUUGCGGAAGGCGCCUCUGUUGGGGCAGAGUCGGCUGCUCGCGAGCCGCUCCUCUCGCCUUCCCAGCGCCAGAGCCUCCCCUUUAACUUCGUCACUGUCGACGUCGCCGCGGAGCCCAGACUCGGCGCCUUCCUCGCCCUCCCUUCUGUCCCCGCGCUCGUUUGCUUCUAUCGAAAGAAACUGUACUCUGUUUUAGCGCCAGGGGCGUCAGAUGUUGCUCUUCUUCGAUUCUUGAAGGAGGCAGCAGAUCUGUCUGAGACGUCCAUUUCUGCCAGUCGGGAGAAGAACGUCUGCUCUCGAGUCUCGCCGGAAAACGUGGCCGAGGCUGUCCAUGGAGCCCGUGUUGCCGCGGCGACGACCGCGGGCGGCAAAGGGUCUCUCGCGGUCGGAAGUGCAGCCUUGGGCUCCAAACGCCUCACGGAGACAGAGGCAAUCGCGCUCGAGGGGGCGUGGGCAGAACGCAAAGAUGUUCAGUGUCUGCUCACUCAGCUGGGAGUUGCGAUGACACGCGAACAGGCUGAAGAGGUCCAGACUCUGAAGAACGAGCUUGUUGCAGAAGACCGCAGUGAAGACGCUGUGUUGACCGGAGGCCGGCGCCUGUUCGCAGAGCUGCAGCUGCAACUCACCGGAGACUCCCCACCCGACAGAGAGGCUCUCAGUACCCUCUUGAGCGAGAUCCUGGGCAGCGCCUUGAGUCUCCCUGAGAGUCUGCAGCCUCCCAAGUUGUCUGAAGUGUCUAGACAGGAGGCGGGACGAAGCGUGUCUUCUGACUCUCGGCCGAGCAGAAAGAAAACAGGAUACGCAGAGCAAUGGGCCUCGCUCUAUCAGAUAGAAGGCUACUGGAAUGAACUUGAAACGUCUCCCGUCUGUGCUCGGCUUCUCGCGAAAGCCACCGUGGCUCUGUUUAACCACGAGCAAGUGAAUCUCCAGGAACUGGAUCUCUGUAUCGACCGCGCGAGUGGAGAAGACGACGAGGAAUGGCCUUCGAUACGCGCCUCUCUGUCGGAAUCUCUGAAAACUGCUCUAAACGCCGACGAACCUGUCAGACCCCUUGACGAGGCCGUGCACUACGCCCAUUUGACAAUGAAAAAUGAGAAAGAUUUUUCGAGCCUCCGACCUUCGUUCUUUUUCCUGGGUUCGACUGCCGUACUCGACUGUCCCCUGAGAACAGCUAGUCGUCUUCGACGCCUGAAGGCUGCUCGGCUCUUCCACGGGGGCGCCUACGAGGAGGCUCUGAAGUUCGCUGUUUUCGCCUACCGCCUCGAGUGUCAAGGGCCAGUGGAGACCCGCAGAGCUGCUGCGCCGGAGCAUGUUCUGGGCAAAUGGCGAGACGAGGAGGCGGCGCUCCUCGCGGUCGACUCAUCCCAUGACAAAGUCGGGGGAAACGGAACAGAGGACCUCUUCGAUCAGAUGGCCUGCGCCCGAGCUGGGUGGCCUGCGAGAACUCUUCUCAUGGCGAUGUACAUGGCUUUAGGAGCGAAACACCCGGCGGUACAGCGCAGUCGCGCAGAGUUGGAAGUCCUGCUUGGUACCGACGGAUUUGUCCCCGUUGUUUUCCCACACACACGCGCGCGAGCUGGUGGAAAACCGAUCAUGAUGCGUGGAAAGAGCGGAAAAUGGCAUUGGCUAGGACCCUACUGGAAGCCUCCAUGGGCGCCGUCAAACAAAGCACGUUGGCCGACUGGACCCGAAGAAUGGGCAUGGUCAGAUCCUACUCGAUGA